AGAAAAAGAAAUACGAUGGUGAAACUACAUGUUCUGGCAGAGAUGGAUCACAAAGUAUUCUCUAAAACUACUUAUCUUUUGGCUGCCAUCCUGAUAAUAGGAGGUACAAUGACAGCUCUGGGCGAUGAAACUGCAGACCCUAAUAACCAAGUUAACACUCUUAGAAACAGAUUUCAAAGUCUACUGGCCACUUUGCGUUCAAACGAAAAUAAUGGCCAAGGUGUAAGAAAUGAGGAUACAGAGCUAAUGGACAACUUCAACCCAGAUGACUGGAGAGCAUUCACGCCGCCUCCUGUGACAAAUCCUCAAUGUUACGUUGAAACACAAAAGUGUGAAACAGAAAGAAUUCCAGGCCGCUGUAUAAAGUUGGGAGGCACCAUUCCUGCCUGUCAAACCCAGACUCUCUUAACCCUUCAUGAAUUCGCUCAAUGUGGAUAGAAGAACAGAAACCAAAUUCGACCUUGCGUCAACCACAUACGUUGCAAAUAUCGACCUCUUCUGAGUACUGCUUAAAUUAAUUUCUUCUUUUCUAGAUUUUUAUUUUAUCAUGGUUUCCGUAAAUUACACUUCUGAAUUGUAUCACAUCAAUGAUAACAACAAUUAUCAACAAAGCAGGUUAUUUGUGGCGAUUACAUUAAAAAUAACUGAAAGUUUCUUGACAGUUAUACAAGUGAACUUCCUGUGAUCGAAACAAAAUAAGUUUAAAUGAAAUUAGAUGUGCAGUUUGAUAAUUUGUAUCUGUAUGUUUACACUAAUAACACUAAUCAACAAUUUCAAAUAAUACAGUUUUUUUUCAGUACAUGUUCAUAUGAAAGUUUAUCUUGGUAUUUAUGAAACAAUAAUCAUGUUUUAUUAUUUAUAAUUAAUAGUUUAUAUAAUCUGGUUAUUUGAACUCACAGCAUUUAGUGAAACUGUUAAUUUGUAAAAUUUGAGACGAACAAUCUGUCCAACAAUACCAAACAUAACUAAUUUUUCAUUACAAUAACCUGUAACGUGUAAGACCUCUAAAAUAUACUAAACAGAAAGUGUAGGUUUCAGCAACAGACACUUUAUAGUCUUGAAAAAUAUAUGAUAAAUAAAGUGUGAAUUUUAAAAAGUGCAAAAACUAAAGACAUUUCUUAUCUUGUAGACUUAAUUUAUUGUUAAUUUAAUGUAAUCAAGCUUGUAAUAUUGUCUGUACUUUCAGCUUUGAGAAGACAGACUUAGUAGAAUAAAUUGGUUAGAAGAUCACAAGUAAUACAAAACCUAUAUAAUUUUUCUGCUAGUUAAUUCAAACACUAAAAGCAUUUUUAAUCACAUGUUAUAGUUUAUUUCUUAUAUAAAAUCAUUAUAGGUCUGCUCUAUAAGAUAGAAGUAAUAGCAAAGUAAUUGAGAUUGUGAACUUAAGCAAGCAUACUAUCCCAGAAUGAAUUAUGAUCUUUAUUAAUGGUUAGAUUAUAAAUACUUUCUAAGAAAAUAUUUAUCUAAUUAAUCUUAUAAAUUACCUUUGUCUUAGUCAUUUGACAUUGUUACUUAUUGUAAAUAAAUAUAAAACUUUUUUUUUUGAGUAUAUAUUCGUUUGAAAAUACAUUUUACCAGAUUUCAUUACUUAUUACUUUUAACCUGUAAAAUACUUAGUUCAGAAAAGGAGAAAUUGAACAAUAUAAAUUAAGUACAUUUCUUUUGUUAAUAAGUUUAUCAAUAUAUAUGUCGUGAAGCUAUGUUAAUAGCUGUACAAAUAAAUUACCUAUAAUAGC